AUGUUCAGGCCCAACAAUAAGAUCAGUCUGUGGAGCAGAUGUGAGCGUGUGACUGAAGGAACUAAUGAAACAGGAAGUCAAACCCUCAUCAACAGGAUCUACACUGCGCUCCACAUCACAGGGGGACAGAGUGAAGAGCUUAAUACCCAACAUGAGGUGAGGCAGCUGGAGACAGCUUACAAGAUCAAGACCCUCCAGGACACUCCAAUCAAGUGCCACAACAUCUUUAAAGCCUUACCUGACCAACAGAGACACAUCAGAGUGGUUUUGAUGAAUGGUGUUGCUGGUGUUGGAAAAACCAUCUCAGUGCAGAAGUUCUCUCUGGACUGGGCAAAGGGCUUUGAAAACCAAGAUGUCAGUCUGCUGGUUCUGCUUUCGUUCAGGGAGCUGAACUUCAUCAAAAAUGAGCGUUACAGUCUUCUCAGGCUCCUCCAUAUUUUCCAUCCAACGUUACAGAAGCUCACAGCAGAGCAGCUUGCUGUCUGUAAAGUUCUGUUCAUCUUUGACGGCCUGGAUGAAAGCAGACUUUCACUGGAUUUCAACAACCGGAAGGUUGUGCCUGAUGUCACACAGAAGUCAUCAGUCAAUGUGCUGCUGACAAACCUCCUCCAGGGGAAUAAGGAGGAGUACUUCAGGAGGAGAUUCAGUGAUGAAGAACUAUCCAGCAGAAUCAUCUCACACAUUAAGAUGCCUAGGAGCCUCCACAUCAAGUCAAUAGAUAGUGGUCUGCAGGAGGUUUUAGAUCAACAUAAGAUCAGUCUGUGGAGCAGAUGUGAGCGUGUGACUGAAGGAACCGAUGAAACAGGAAGUCGAACCCUCCUCAACAACAUCUACACUGAGCUCCACAUCACAGAGGGACAGAGUGAAGAGCUUAAUACCCAACAUGAGGUGAGGCAGCUGGAGACAGCUUACAAGAUCAAGACCCUCCAGGACACUCCAAUCAAGUGCCACGACAUCUUUAAAGCCUUACCUGACCAACAGAGACACAUCAGAGUGGUUUUGACAAAUGGUGUUGCUGGUGUUGGAAAAACCAUCUCAGUGCAGAAGUUCUCUCUGGACUGGGCAAAGGGCUUUGAAAACCAAGAUAUCAGUCUGCUGGUUCUGCUUUCGUUCAGGGAGCUGAACUUCAUCAAAAAUGAGCGUUACAGUCUUCUCAGGCUCCUCCAUAUUUUCCAUCCAACGUUACAGAAGCUCACAGCAGAGCAGCUUGCUGUCUGUAAAGUUCUGUUCAUCUUUGACGGCCUGGAUGAAAGCAGACUUUCACUGGAUUUCAACAACCGGAAGGUUGUGUCUGAUGUCACACAGAAGUCAUCAGUCAAUGUGCUGCUGACAAACCUCCUCCAGGGGAAUCUGCUUCCCUCGGCUCUCGUCUGGAUAACUUCCAGACCUGCAGCAGCCAAUCAGAUUCCUCCUACAUGUGUUGACAGGGUAACAGAAGUCCGAGGCUUCACUGACGUUCAGAAGGAGGAGUACUUCAGGAGGAGAUCCAGUGAUAAAGAGCUUUCCAGCAGAAUCAUCUCACACAUCAAGACGUCCAGGAGCCUCCACAUCAUGUGUCAAAUCCCAGUCUUCUGCUGGAUCACUGCUACAGUUUUUGAGUGCAUGUCGACCACAGACCAGAGAGGAGAGCUGCCCAAGAACCUGACUGACCUCUACUCACACCUCCUGCUGGUUCAGAUGAUGAGCAAAAAAGAAAAGUAUGAUUGUGAAAAGAAGAAGAAGAAGGACAAAAACAAGACCAAGAGUCCACAGGAGCUGAUGAAGGCUAACAGGGAAUUUCUUCUGAAGCUGGGGAGGCUGGCGUUUGAACAGCUGGAGGAAGGAAACAUCAUAUUCUACCAGGACGAGGUGAAGAAGUGUGGUCUUGAUGUCACAAAUGACUUGCUGCACUCAGGAGUUUGCACAAACAUUUUCAGAGAAGAGGAAGUGCUCUUCAAGAAAAAUGUCUACUGCUUUGUUCAUCUGAGCAUUCAGGAGUUUCUGGCUGCAGUCUACAUGUACCACUGUUACAAAAAGAAGAAUAAAAAGGUGCUGAAUAACUUUCUGGGAAAAGACAACCAACACAGGGGCUCAAACCCAAAGUCUGCUCUCAAGAAGAUUUCUCAGAUUUUUGGAAAAAAUGACCUGUCUCUGGAUGACUUCCUGAUGGCAGCCAUGGAGAAAUCUCUCAAAAGUGAAAAUGGUCACCUAGACCUGUUUGUUCGCUUCCUUCAUGGCCUCUCUCUGGAGUCCAACCAUAGACUCUUAGGAGGCCUGCUGGGUAAGAGAGAGAACAGUCCAGAAACCAUCCAGAGAGCCAUCAACAACCUGAAGACAAUGAGCAGAGAUGAUAUCUCUCCUGACAGAAGCAUCAACAUCUUCCACUGUCUGAUGGAGAUGAACGACCAAUCAGUUCAUGAGGAGAUCCAUGAGUUCCUGAAGUCAGAGAACAAAUCAGAGAAGAGACUCUCUGAGAUCCACUGCUCAGCUCUGGCCUACAUGCUGCAGAUGUCAGAGGAGGUUCUGGAUGAGUUGGACCUGGAGAAGUACAACACAUCAGUGAAGGGACGACGGAGACUGAUCCCAGCUGUGAGGAACUGCAGAAAAGCUAGACUUACUGAUUGCGGACUCUCAGAGACUCACUGUGAAGUCUUGGCCUCAGCUCUGAAGUCCAACCCCUCCCAUCUGAGCGACCUGGACCUGAGUGGAAACAACUUACAGGAUUCAGGAGUGAAGCUACUGUCUGCUGGACUGGAGAGUCCACACUGUACACUGGAGACUUUGAGAUUGAUGGACUGCAGUUUGUCAGACAUCAGCUGUGCUUCUCUGGCCUCAGCUCUGAAGUCCAACCCCUCCCAUCUGAGAGAACUAGACCUGCGCUUCAACAAGCUGCAGGAUUCAGGAGUGAAGGAUCUGUGUGGUUUUCUGGAGAGUCCACACUGUAGACUGGAGAAUCUGGGGUUGAGUGGCUGCAGUUUGUCAGACAUCAGCUGUGCUUCUCUGGUCUCAGCUCUGAAGUCCAACCCCUCCCAUCUGAGAGAACUGGGCCUGAGUGAAAACAAGCUGCAGGAUUCAGGAGUGAAGGAUCUGUGUGGUUUUCUGGAGAGUCCACGCUGUAGACUGGAGACUCUGAGAUUGAAGGACUGCAGUUUGUCAGAGAUCAGCUUCACUUCUCUGGCCUCAGCUCUGAAGUCCAACCCCUCCCAUCUGAAAAAAAUGGUGCUCAGUGAAAACAAGCUGCAGGAUUCAGGAGUGAAGCUGCUGUGUGGUUUUCUGGAGAGUCCACACUGUAGACUGCAGAAUCUGAGAUUACGCUACUGCAGUUUGUCAGAGAUGAGCUUUACUUCUCUGGCCUCAGCUCUGAAGUCCAACCCCUCCCAUCUGACUGAACUCGACCUGAGCCACAGCAAGCUGCAGGAUUCAGGAGUGAAGCUGCUGUGUGGUUUUCUGGAGAGUCCACACUGUAGACUGGAGACUCUGAGGUUGAGUGACUGUAGUUUGUCAGAGAGCAGCUUCACUUCUCUGGCCUCAGCUCUGAAGUCCAACCCCUCCCAUCUGAGAGAACUGGAGCUGAGUAACAACAAGCUGCAGGAUUCAGGAGUGAAGCUGCUGUGUGGUUUUCUGGAGAGUCCACACUGUAGACUGGAGAAUCUGAGGUUGAGUGGCUGCAGUUUGUCAGACAUCAGCUGUGCUUCUCUGGUCUCAGCUCUGAAGUCCAACCCCUCCCAUCUGAGAGAACUCGACCUGCGCUUGAACAACCUGCAGGAUUCAGGAAUGAAGCUGCUGUGUGGUUUUCUGGAGAGUCCACACUGUAGACUGGAGACUCUUGGCUUGCUGGACUGUGGUUUGACAGCAAUCAGCUGUGCUUUUCUGGGCUCAACUCUGAAGUCCAACACCUCCCAUCUGAGAGACCUGGACCUGAGUGGAAACGACCUGCAGGAUUCAGGAGUGAAGCUGCUGUGUGGUUUUAUGGAGAGUCCACACUGUAGACUGAAAAUUCUGGGGUUGAUGGACUGCUUGUUGUCAGACAUCGGCUGUGCUUCUCUGGUCUCAGCUCUGAAAUUCAACCCCUCCCAUCUGAGAGAACUGGACCUGAGUGAAAACUACCUGCAGGAUUCAGGAGUGAAGGAGCUGUGUGAUCUAAUGAAGAGUUCAGACUGUAGACUGGAGACUCUGAGCUGGAAGUGA